AUGGCGGCCUUAGCAGCGAGUGGUGCUGUGGCACUGUGUAGAAAUAUCAGUCGGCCAGUUGCUUUUGUGAGAAAAAUUCCUUGGACCGUGGCGUCCAGUCAGCUGAGAGAACACUUUGUACAGUUUGGCCAUAUAAGAAAGCGUAUUGAGCCGGGCGCGGAGGAGACUGGUUUUCACAGAGGUUUGGGUUGGGUUCAGUUUUCUUCAGAAGAAAUUCAGAAUACACUACAACAGGAAAAUCAUAUUAUAGAUGGAGUAAAGCUCCAGGUUCAAGUUCAAAGGCCAAAAAUUUUGCAAAUAUCUGAUGAAGAGAAAGAU